UAGAAACGAGUGGUUUUUGAGAAAAGUAACAAAUUUACUUGGGAUCUCGGAGUUGUUUUUUUGUAAAUAUUAUUUUAAAAACUUUAAUAAUAUUAAUUUUUCAAGAACACAUAAAGAAAACAAGGAUUCGUGCAGUGGAUAGUGAAAGUUACGCAGAAUGAAAGAAUUAUUUGGAUUAGGUGCCGUGUUUGUUUUUACAUUAGCGGCCGUUAUUGAUGUGGGUGUAACGACGGCUUCACCUUUCGUCGACAAUGGCAAGCAAUUGCUGGGAGCUAAACAAUGCACAUGGGGUCCAACGUUUUGGUGCAGCAAUUUAAGCAACGCCAAAGGCUGUAAUGCUGUACGCCAUUGUAUACAGACUGUCUGGGAGACAAAUCAUGUACCUGCCGAUAAUGAUUCCAUUUGUCAGAUAUGCAAAGAUAUGGUAACGCAAGCUCGUGAUCAGUUGCGCAGUAAUGAAACAAUGGAAGAGUUGAAGGAAGUCCUCGACGGCUCUUGCAAUUUGAUACCGAUUAAGAUUAUAAAGAAAGAAUGCUGUAAGUUGGCCGAUAAUUUUAUACCCGAAUUGGUUGAAGCUCUGUCAUCACAAAUGAAUCCAGAUCAAGUUUGCUCUGUUGCGGGCCUAUGCAAUAAUCCUGAAAUCGAUAGAUUAUUAAUGAAGUAUUACGGUGCUGCCUUAGAAGGUACACUUAACGAGGAAGGAGAAGACGAAGACGAAAAAGAAAAAUUCAAAAAAGUUAAUAAGGAGACCAAACUAGUGGUAAAACCACAAAAGCCUACGCUGACUUGUGGUAAUUGUCAUAAUCUUGCAUCGUUAAUAGUUCAGAAAUUCCAAUCAAGCAAUCGUGACGAUAUCCUGGAAAAUAUAUUACAUCUAUGUGGUGAAUUGUCUUCAUUUUCGGAUGCUUGUUCGAGUAUAGUUCUCACCUAUUUCAAUGAUAUCCACGAUCAUCUUAGUAGAAAUAUGGAUGCCACUGGUAUUUGCCAUUUAUCAGGGACUUGUGUAGCCAGAUAUCAUCAACACCCUGAUGAUCCCAAAGAGGAAGAGCCAAUCGAUUUAAUGGCUCCCGGUAAUGAGGAUGUACCAUGCGAAUUAUGCGAGCAGUUAGUACAACAUUUACGUGAAGUUUUGAUAGCCAACACAACUGAAAUUGAAUUCAAACAAGUCCUGGAAGGUUUAUGCAAUCAGACAAAAGGUUUUCGCAGCGAAUGCCUAAGCAUAGUUGAUCAAUAUUACGACGUUAUUUAUAAGAAUUUAGUAAAUGGCUUGGAUGCCAAUGGACUCUGCUUUAUGAUAGGUAUUUGCCCAAAAACUUUGAAAUCAUUGAACGAUUACGAUAUCAUGCCGUUAUUACCGGCCAUACAACCGGCUGAAAUUAAAGUAACCAUACGUAAAAAAUUGGGUGCCAAUGAGCCGAAAUUCACUCAAGAAGACUUGAAGUCUAUGGCUUUGCCCAUUGAUAAAUUGAUGGGAGCUGCCAAUCCGGGGUUGUUAGUAGAAAAUGGAGAAUUGUGUACUUUAUGUGAAUAUAUAUUGCAUUUUGUACAGGAGGAAUUAGCCACACCUUCGACCGCUGAUCAAAUUAAAAAUACCGUUGAUAGCAUCUGUAAUAAAUUGCCGAAAGGCCUGCAAGGCCAAUGUCAUAAUUUUGUUGAUAUGUAUGGUGACGCGGUAAUCGCGCUAUUAAUUCAAGGUUUAGAUCCUCGUGAAGUGUGUCCUAAGUUACAAAUGUGUCCCCCUAAUCAUGCAAAUCACGAGGAUAUAGAGGUCUUUGCUCCGAUAGCUGUUGAGAAAGCGGAAACCGACAAACCCACAUGCCCUUUAUGUUUGUUUGCCGUGGAACAAGCCCAAAUGAAAAUCAAAGAAAAUAAGUCAAAGAAAAACAUUAAAGACGUUUUGGAUCAUUUGUGUGGACAUUUACCUCAAAAACUGAAAACCGAAUGCGUCGACUUUGUCGAAACCUAUUCUUCCGAGUUAAUCGAUAAAUUGAUUUCCGAUCUAAAGCCUCAAGAGAUUUGUGUGGACUUGAAGCUAUGCCCUCAGAGUCACAACUAUUUAGAAAUUAUGGGCCUUAGCUUUGAAGACAGCAGCGAGGAAUCUGACUCCUCCAAUAAAGUUGUAGAUGAUAGCGACGAAAUGCCAGUGGGAAUUGUUUUCCAAUUAAAUAAUGAAGAAAGCUCUCCAAAUUGCUUAUUAUGCGAAGAAUUGGUCAAAUUAGCUGAGAAACGUAUGCAUAAAUACACCACAAAGGAUGAAGUCAAAAAAGCUUUAGACGAAAGCUGUGAAAAAUUGCACAUUGCCAGCUGGAGACCAAAGUGUCAUAAGUAUGUGGAUAAAUAUGGUGACAAGAUUGCUGGAAUGAUUCUUAAAGAAAUGGAACCGAAAGUAAUAUGCGUCGAGUUGGGUUUGUGCAUAUUCAGCGAACAAGAAGAUCUGGAAAUCGAUGAAGCUCUAAAGUACGAUGUAUUUGCCGUGCCCAACCAUCCAAACAUUAUUAUACAAAAUGAUCGUUUCGUUGGUAUGUUAGCUGAUCCAUUGCAGAUGCCCAAGUCAGCCGAUAUAAUGCAGGAACCACCUACAUGUGUUUUGUGCGAAUUCGUCAUGACUAAACUUGAAAUGGAUUUGAAAAAUAAGACUGAACAGAAGGACAUCAAAGAUGCUAUAGAGAAAGUUUGUCAUUCGAUGCCGAAAACUGUAAUGAAAAGUUGCAAUAAAUUUGUGGAGGAAUAUGCUGACGCGGUUUUCGCUCUGCUCACUAAAAUGCCACCCAAAGAUGUUUGCAAAAGUUUAAAAUUGUGUUUAUCUAGCAGUUUUGAUGACUAUUUUAUAACUAAUGAAAUUGUUGAAUGUGGAAUUUGUUAUGGCGCCUCAAUGGCUUUGUUGCCCUAUUCCAAGCAACAUAGCAGCGAACAAAACGAAAAUCUUCCGCUCUCUGAUUUGAUUGCUAUAGCAUGCGACAAUUUGCCGGCUAAAUAUUAUGAGACAUGCUCUCAAAUGGUUCACGUCUAUGGCAGGAGUAUAAUGCGUUUGUCAGAACGGGAUGAAGCAAAUAUUUGCGCUGAGAUUGGCAAAUGUUUUCAAAACGAAAAAUCUUCUUCGGCUUUUGUCAAAAUCACGGCCUAAACUUUUAAGUUUUUACAUUUGAAAGCCAUAUAUGGAUGGAGUUACAAAGAGGCAGGGGUGGAAUUCUUAAUU